AUGCAGGCCGCGAAGAGGGAGAGAGAGAGAGAGAGAGAGGGGGGCUUCAAGCUUCAAGCUGAAGCACCGGGCAGGAAGGCAGAAUCCCCAAGGUUGCAAGGCAUCAAGGGGUGGGAUGAAUGCAUGGAACGAAGUGGAAUGGGUACCUCACUUUACGCACUACACCACAAGGUCACAGUGUUGUGUUUGGUUUGGUUGGUGGCGAUGGAAAGUUCGGGCAUCAUCUCGGGCUUUUGGGCCGGGUGGAAACAGAAGCAGAGGUACCUUACGCCGUACGGCCGUUGGGAGUCGGGACGGGAGGACAGGCACUGGAGCACGUAG